UCUAUGCUCAGCAGUCGAUGCCCAAGCAAUCAGCGGAAGAGAAGUUGCCGAAUUAUUGGAACUCGUGGAGCGGUGGGACUCACGAGGCCGGCACAAGUUGAUGGGUCAGGCACGGGGGGGUCCAUCCCUCAGGGACCGACAACAUCCCGGUAAAAUGCCUUCAGCAGCCUCAUUAGCUGCAAAAAAGAAAGCAGCAUUGCAUGCACAGUACGAAAUUGAAUGAACGCCACUAUCGAAGUUUGGCCUGGUACAUGGAGUUUCGUAAUGCGGAAUGUGUGCGAUUCGCCUCGCGCCAGUGAGAGGCAAUGGCAGCACUGCACGCAGCUGCAGUCGUCUGCCGAUAUCCCAUUUCCUUUUCAUGUUUGCAGCGACGAUGCAAGCUGGGGCACUCUAGUGUCAAGCACGUACAGCUGCAGAAGGGAAGGCUCGCCAGGACAGCUGCGCGGCUCAUUGGCGGCGGGCAGGAUGGGCUUCGGGGGCCAGUGGGAGCUCGAAUUUAACUUCAAUCUAGGUCUGCAGGAUCAGAUGAAGUGGGAAACAGCGGUUCUCGAGCCAGCAGCCGCGCCAGUGGGACGCGGCGGUUUGGCGUGCAGGAGGUAUUUUGACAGCGUCGGUGUGCAUGCGCGACAAGUCUUGGAGUGCCAGCUCAUCAAGCACCGUGCAGGGGCCGAUCCAAAGUUUCGAACCACUUGCCGCAAGUCACGUCAGGAGGCCGGCGCGGUUCUGCUUAGCCGACUGGACGAGGAGCGCGCGCAGCUGUUGCGGUGCAGCUGCGCGAGACCGGGACGCGGAGGCCGCUGGGGGAGGUGUCGGACGCGCAGAGAGGAUGGUGGAUGGUGGAUGGUGGAUGGCAGACGAGGCGGGGCGCGGUGGAUGGAGGGGCGGCCGCAGAAACGGCCGCGAGCGCACACGAGCCACCGACGGGAGUGCCGUCGCCGCCAUCUGGGAUUGAAACGCGGCCAACGGCGCCGAUCGCGGUGCGCUGUCGACGAGUCUCGCGGCGCGGCGGGGAUGGGCUGGGUUUUACGUCGCGACCUUGCGAGCUGAGGGCUUUGGGCGGGCGGCGCGGCGAGCACGCUGUGGCCCCGGCGACGCGGCGCGCUGAUUCGCCCCCGUUCCACCGUGGAUGUGCUGUCCUGCAGGCAAUGGAGCUCGCCAUGAGGCCCGCAGCAGCACUCGGCCAGCUGCCAGGCGGUCUGGCCGCCACCAAUCCUCAGCCAGCAGCAGCGUCUGCAACCCUAUAUCGCAGCCGUUCUGUCCAUCUCGUCGCCGCCCAUCGCCCUCCGCACCUCGCCGGGGCGUGACCGCUGCAGCCGUGAGUCGUGACCUGCCCGCUGCCGCUGCUGCCCAGCCCCCGCGACUCGAGCCGCCAAUCGCCGCGCCGCGGUAUCGAUAACGACGACUGCUCUGUUUAGACGACGCCUGCCAACGCAUACAGCUCGACCACCGCCCGAACAGCCGCCCCGAAUCCCUCCAGUAC